AUGGUUGUGGAAUUGAGAGGUUUAAUAUCUUUAGACAUAUCAAGAAAUGAAUUGGUUGGUCAUCUUCCAAUUUCAAUACAAGGACUAAAGAAUCUCCAAGCAUUAAACCAUGCUGAGAAUAGGAUAAAUGGAUCACUUUCAACCAAUCUUUGUCUUUUGCAAAGUUUGAGUGAACUGUAUUUGAGUAGAAAUCAAAUAAUUGAUCCAAUAUCGGAAGGCUUUGGGAAACUGAAUUCUCUAAGAAAGCUUUACUUUGAUUAUAAUAAGGUAAUGUUAAGUGUGCCGAGAAGCAUUUGGAAUCUCAAAGAUCUUCUGCUGUUAAACUUAUCAUCAAACUUGUUGAAUGGUUCUCUACAUCCAGAUAUUGGAAAUUCAAAGGCUGCAAUAUUCAUAAACUUGUCAAGAAACAAUUUCUCAAAUGAAAUUUCAGUGACAGUCGGAGGCCUAUCAAACUUGAUCAAUUUUUCUUUAGUACAUCAGUACUUGCCAAAUGGGAACAUUGAGAAGUGGCUAUACUAUGACAACCAUGCUUUAGGUAUAAUGCGAAGACUGAAUAUUAUGAUAUAUGUAGCUUACGCAUUAGAGUAUCUUCUUCAUCAUGGUUAUUUGAAGCCUGUGGUCCAUUGUGAUGCUAGUAAUGUCUUGUUGGAUGGAAAUUUGGUUGCUCAUUUAAGUGAUUUUGGAAUAGCAAAAAUAUUUGGUGACAGAGAGAGCAUAGCAUAUACAAAAACCCUUGCAACAAUGGGGUAUAUUGCACCAGAGUACUAUGGAAUGGAAGGGUUAGUGUCAACGAAAUGCCAUGUUUAUAGUGUUGAAGUGUAUGACUAA